AUGUUUAAAUUCAAUAUGUCUAAUAAACACACUACUAACAGCCAAACUGAUAAGGAUCUUAAGGAAGAAGGUAAUCGCUUAUUCAGUUACAAACAGUAUGAAAAGGCUAUUGAAUGCUACAAUAAAGCGAUUAUAAAAAACCCUGUUAUUCCUAUAUACUUUACCAAUAGAGCUUUAUGUUUCUUGAAAUUAAAACAAUGGGACAAGGCAUGUACAGAUUGUCGACGUGCUUUGGAAAUGGACUUCAGUUUCAUAAAAGGUUGUUUUUUUUUGGGUAUUGCACUUAUUGAGUUGGGCAGUUAUGAUGAAGCCAUAAAACAAUUACAAAGAGCACAUAAUUUAACAAAAGAAAAAAAAGUAAACUAUGGUGAUGACAUUACAAGCCAACUUAGAAGAGCUCGUAGACUGAAAUGGGAGAAACAAGAAGAAGUGAGACAGAAUCAAGAAAUAGAACUUUUGUCAUACCUGACAAAACUAAUGGAUGAUGACAUGGCUCGUAAAGUUAAUGAAAUUAAAAAACCAUCAGAUAAUGAAACCGAAAUCGAAGAUUACGAUAAUGGCGUUAUGGAAAUUAAAAAUCAAAGUGAGAAAUAUGCUGCUGAACUACAUACCAUAUUUUCUAAGAAUGACGACAGACGGAAGAAACGUGAAGUACCAGACUAUUUGUGUGGUAACAUAAGUUAUGAUAUUUUACGUGAUCCUGUUAUCACUCCAAGUGGUAUAACUUAUGAUCGCAAGGAUCUAGAAGAACACUUAAUGAAAGUUGGUCAUUUCGAUCCGGUUUCACGCCAACAUUUAACUGUUGAUCAACUUAUUCCGAAUUUGGCAUUAAAAGAAGCGGUUGAAGCAUUUGUAAUGGAAAAUGAAUGGGUAAAUUAUUAUUGUACUUUGUAA